AGUAAGAUGGCUGCGGGAAAGGGGAGAGUGUUUGAAAAAUCAUCAAAUGGGAUGUUUAUCUGUCGCUUACAGGAUGCACAGCAGCCCCAGUGAAGGAGUGGUUAAUUUCUUACCUUCCCCGAGUCAGUAUGCUCUAGCUUGUCAGUUGUCUUUCGGUUAUAUACGUUCUUUUCACCCGUUUGUGUGCUGACAUUGUGGAUUUCAUUAGCCCUUAGUCGUUAGCUACCAACCAGCGCUAACUUACUAGCAAGUAGCUAGCAGGUACCCGUUGAAAUCAACACCUAGGAGCAACCAGGAGUGCUUAAGAACUCUACAAAUACACAAGAGUGGCCGUGGUGACUGGCUAUGGAGUGGUGUUGGCUUCAGACUGGAUGACAGUGUCUACAGGGAGGACAGGGUCACUCAGUUUCUAAAGCACCACUGGGCUUUUUCCCCUGACGUACACUGACCACUGCAACAGCCGGUCUCCUCCCCCUCCUUUCCUCCUCCUCCUCCUCUUCCUCCUCUUCCUCCUUCUCCUCUACCUCUUCCUCUUUCUUCCUCCUUCCUGCACUGUCUUCUGUCUUUUAUCCACCUUUUACUUUCUACGUGCCCUCUGGUGGUUCUUUAUUCUCAACGCUUCAACUAAGGGCUCCUUUUCUCAUCUGUACCUCCUCGUGACCUUUGACCUGCCUCUCGCGGGAUUCACCAUGAGCUGGCUGAGCAGGUUGAACCCGCGGGGUCCGGGGACUCGUCCAGGUCGGAGCGCUGCCCCUUCCAGCCCCUGCACUGCUGACCCGGAGACCUGCCUGAUGGUGUUUCAGAACCACUGGAGACAGGUGUCCUGGGUAUUGGAGCAGCAUGAGCCGUCAUCCUCCAGCGACGACCUGACAGCAGUGAGGAAUCACACCGACCAGAUGCUGUGUCUGCUGGCAGAGGAGCGCCCGGCGGAGGUCUCAGAAGGCGGAGCCACUGUAACACAAAUGGGCCCCAUACUGGAGCUGGUGGUCACGGAGAACAUCCUUGAGUGUCUGGUGCAGUGGCACAUCCGCCGUGGCCUGGAUCCAGACAGCCAGGGGGCACUUCUCAAGCUGUUCGAGAUGCUCAUUGGCCAAUCCCAGCAGCCCUUGUUGCAACACACGGCCAUCCUCCACCCACUGCUGAGGCUGCUUGGAGCAUGUGCCGACCCAGAACUUGGUUGUCCUUCAGCUCUGGAAAACAGCCUGGUACUGUUGCUCAAUCAGGUGUGUGUGUCCAUGGCCAGGCAGCCGGUGGUGUUGGAGAUGCUGUUCAGGGCGGCGCCGGCUCAGCAGGGCUCCACCAAUCUGCUCAUCUUCUCUCUCCUUGUGCCGUUCAUCCACCGGGACGGAGCCAUUGGACAACAGGCCAGAGAUGCGCUGCUCUUAGUCAUGGCAGCCUCUGCAAGUCACGAGGCUGUGGCCCGCUACAUCGCUGAGAACUCCUACUUCUGCCCGGUGUUGGCCACAGGGCUCAGCGCUCUCUACUCCUCUCUGCCCAGAAAGAUCGAGGUCCGAGGGGAUGACUGGCAUGCCCUGCGGCGGGAGGACUGGAUAGGUGUGUCGUCACUCGUACUGUUCAUGAACUCACUGGAGUUCUGCAACGCCGUGGUGCAGGUGGCACAUCCUCUGGUCCGCUCUCAGCUCCUGGACUACCUCCAUAAUGGAUUCCUCAUACCUGUCAUGGGCCCUGCCCUGCAUAAGUCAUCUGUGGAUGAGAUGAUUGCCAGCACCGCCUACCUUGACCUGUUUCUGCGUAGUGUGACUGAGACGUCCCUCCUCAAAACCUUCCUGCGUUUUAUCCUGCUGCAUCGUCACGACAAUGACACAAUCCUGGACACACUGCUUACACGCAUUAGCAGCAAUUCAAGGCUCUGCAUGGUGUCACUGAGCCUCUUCAGGACUCUUCUCUCCCUCAACUGUGAAGAUGUCAUGCUGCAGCUUGUUCUCAGGUAUCUUAUGCCCUGCACCCAUGUCAUGCUGAGUCAGCGUCGUGCCAUCAGGGAGACUGACCUGUAUGGAAAGUCAGCAGACAAGUUCCUGUCCCUCAUCCCAGAGUGCUGCAGGCUGAGUACAGGGCCCUCUGCUGAGCGUGAUGACGACACUGCAUUCUGGGGCAAAGUGCUGAACAGCACCAGCACCGAGUCUCCAGCCCCGCACAGACCCAGCACCCCAUCCCGUUUGUCCUUCUUCAUCCGUCAACAGAGCAGCGGAGGUUCCUCAGGAGGAGGGGGUCCCUCCACCCCCACAAGCAUGGAGCCUCUACAGUCAGGCGCCCCUGGCUCCCACCCCCUGUCCCCUGACAGCCCAUUGAGCCAGCACCAGACCCACAUAGAGUUUCUGGACUGGGACUGCGGUUACCUGGAGUACCUUAGAGACGCCCGUCGGGGCAUCGAGCUUUGCUCCUGGGCCUGCCGCGAUUGGUCGGCUCCUUAUGAUGGUGAAAACCCCUCCCCAAACAUGGCUCCUCCGCCCCCGCCUCCACCUACCUCCAACCCCUCCAUUACCAUGUUCCCAGAGCACUUCUCUUUCCAGCAGGGGGCUGGCACUAACACCCCUCCUGGCCAGCAGAGGGCAGCCAUCGUGGCUGCAGCGCGGUCAGAGUGGAGCAGCUCGGAGCGGGACAGCGGCGAGUGGGACGUGACCAUUGGCAAAAACAACUGCAUCAGCUUGACGCCACGCUCAAAGAAGCGUAGCCUGCAGAGAGAGGAGCUCCUGCCAAAGCCUGUACCUCCUCUUGUCCCCUCCUCUUCAUCUUCAGCUCCUCCUCUGUCUGCUUCUCACCCCACCUCUUCCCCUUCUCCUCACAUUCCCACCUCUGCCAUUACUGUUAGCUACCAGGCCAUGUAUAACGGAACUGUGGGGCAGGGGGACAGCUGCUUGGACAAUCGUGAUCGAGGACUGGAGGUAAAGAAAGUAAAGAGAGACUUAGGGGAGCAGCAGUAUUUGGAUGAAAACGCAAAUCAAAAUGGUUCCCUCGUCAGCUGCCCCUCCCAAAGCUGCACUGCCCUCCCACACUCCAUUUUCAGCAACAGCGACAUCAGCGACGCGAAGUCUGUUCGCCCCAAACAGAUUCCUCCUCAGAGCUCCAUCACACUACAAACAUCAGACACGCACAAUGCACCUUCAGAUCUUCCAGAAACCAACCAGUCUGUUGAGAGCCUCAUUGAAGAGCUGUUGGAGCAGGCACCAGGAGACUCCCAGCUCCCUGGGGACUCUAACGGCCAGGGCAUCAGCAUCGAGGCCUUUACACAGGAGCUGAGGGAGCUGGAGGACCGUGUGAACGAGCGUGUUCGAGCCGUUUGCCAGCAGGAGGAAACCAUCAGGGAGUCUCUGAGCGCAGAGCGGCAGGAGGAAGAGCAAACCCUCAGUUUAGUCUCAGAGGCCAAGCUGACAGGCGAUACUAAGGGUGACAGUUCUGCUGUGGGCGUUUGUAGUCCUGCAAGACUGCUGAGUCAGCCGGCCUCUCAGCCAUAUACAGGGCCUUUCAUGGUGGUCCUCUUCGCGAAGCUGGAGAACAUGCUCCAAAACUCACUGUACGUCAACAUCCAGCUCACGGGCAUCGUGGCUCAGCUGGCCUGCUAUCCUCAGCCCCUCCUACGCUCCUUCCUCCUCAACACCAACAUGGUCUUCCAGCCCAGCGUCAAGUCACUGAUCCAGGUUCUCGGUUCUGUCAAGAACCGUAUCGAGGCAUUUGCAGCCUCCCAUGAGGACUUCCCUGCCAUGCUGAAGAAAGCCCAGCAGUACCUGGUGGCCCGGGGCAAAGUGGACUGGACUGACUUGCCUGCAGCGAUGCCCACCCUGAGGCGUUCAGAUUCACUAGUGAAGAGUCGUAAGCCAUCCCUCGGUGACCUCAUCCUUCGUCACACCAACAGCCCGACCCGGGCCCGACACGCCGCUCAGCUGGCCCUGGCGCACGUACGGGAUGGGGGCCAAUCACUGCACAGUGCGUUGUUCCGUGGCAGCGGCGGAGGAGGAGGGGCCUCUGGCUUGGAGAAGCAGGCCGAAGCACUGAGGGUGAAGAACGCCGUGUACUGCGCGGUGAUCUUCUGCGAGUUCCUCAAGGAGCUGGCUGCCCUGGCUCAAGAGCACGCCGUCACUUUGCCCUUUCCUCACAGUCAGGUGCCCGAAGAAUAGACACAUGCUCCUCCCACUGACCUGUUCACCUCCAUUCUUCUUCUGUGGCUGUAAACAGAGUUGUACAGGACAGACUGAAGACAUUUAAGUGUCUGAAGUGACAAAGACAGAGGAAGUUUUUUGUACCAGAAUCAUUCUAAAAUACCUGUAGGACUGGAAAGCUUUUCCUCUUCUGUACACUUUUAUGAUAUUGUGCAUAUCAUGUAUUAUAUUUACAUAGUAUACACAGAGAAUCACUUGUACAUAGACAUAUGUACCAUAACAUGGUAUAAUGUGACAAAGUCAAGCCACACAUAAGAGAAAUAGGUGCACAUACUGGUGCUAGUCGAUACUUUUUAUUUUUUAGGAUGAAAGGGUGACUGAAGGUGACGCAGGUUUUAUCCUUUACAAAUUGAAAUACCAAAAAUGAUUUGGCAGGAAAUUACUGAAAGUGUAGAAUAGUCAAUAAUCAGUAGUAGGAAAAGCUCAUCUCUGCCUCUGUUAAGGAUGGGCCGGCUGACAAAGCGCACACAACAAACAAAGAGUUGCCAUUUGAGCAUCCGGUUUAUUUUCCAGAGGCUGCACUGGUGGUCAUCAAAGAAUGAAAGGGAGAAAAAAAAACAGGAGAGGGAGGCUCGCUCAUUUGAAGACCACCUACUGGAUAAACCCUCUGGUAAUUAAUACCUUUUUAUACGUUUAGUUUUACAUGUGUUUGCCCUUUGUUGUUGCACCAUUUUUCAGACAUAUCAGCUACACGUGGGAGCGGCUUCGUCUGUCAGACGUCGGGUCAUUUUAGAGACCUUUCUAAAAGGUGACACCAUCUGUAAGCCAUUCACUCGUUGCCAUUAAGAGGCCGUGUGACGUACAAGGCAGCACUGCUUUGUACUUCCUCCCUUUUGUGUAUCAUUUUUGUCUUUAUAAAAAAAAAAAAAACAUGAGAAGGGAAGGAUUUGUUUUUUAGAAACCAUUAGCAUGAUUCCUUUAACAUUGAACUGGCAGUUGAAAAAGGUCCUCGUGAGGCAUUCACUGACUUUUUGUAAAAAAAAAAAAAAAAAAGAAAGAAAUGAAAUAGAAGAAUAGAUGUAAGAGCUGUGAGCUUUUCCACGUGUUUUGUGUCUCUUGGGAGAGACAGGCCAAACAGAACCCAUUUUAUUUAUCUUUGGACUUAACAUGCUGCUAUUUUUUUUAAACACUAACACCCCAUUUUUAUCAGUGUCAUAGCUAUGUGUCCCCUCAUUUCUUUAGGUACCAAGUAUAAGUGUGUGUUUGUGUGUGUGUGUGUGUGAGGAGGCAGUGCAAGUGUUAUGAUAGACAUUUAAUUUAUUCUUUUGUGUCAAAUUUAAUGUGAUGAUAAAAUAUUCACCUUUUUAAAGUUUUGAGCUGAUAUGCGACACCGUUCUUUACUUCCUACUUCAUUACUGGUCUAUUAUCUUUGCUGGAUUAGUUCCAGAAAACCUCAGCACUGGGAGACGUUAAGCCUCAGGUCUUUGUAACAGGAAGACUUUCUGGCUGAAAGUCAAGUGACCUUGUAUAAAGAGCAGAGAAGUC